GGCCUCAUGAACUAACAAACCUGAGCAUUCCUGGGAUUUCUGCUGCUAGCCCUCGCUGCCAUUGCCCUCUCCCCUCCACACCCUGCCCAAGGCACAUCAGACAUUUCUUCUCUCCACUACUUAACCCCCUCCCGUCCGGAUCGAAUAGGAGAAAUAUUUUUCUGAGAUUGUGUUACACAAGCCCUUUCCCUUCUGCCUCUACUGGAGGAGAUAGACAGUUUGCCGGAAUGUUUACAGAUCCUGUUCCAGAACUCGACUGCCAUGGUUACUAUUUUAGGGGUGGAGUUUUCUUUGGGAGUAUGUUCUGCGUGCUUGUUUGGUGGAUCGUCAAUCGUCAGGUAUGCGAAAUUUUUCUGGAUUUCUUCCCUGCUUCUGGCUUCAUGGGAUGAUUUUGGUUUAACAAUUGACAGGCCCCCCCAACUGCUGCGAACGGGAGAAAAUUCCAGAGCCCUCCGAUGCUACAGAGCAAGCUGCCUUUUGGCAUUGAUUCCAUGCUCACGUUGAUGAGAUCUGUAAGGGAGUUUAGACUUCCGGUUGCCCUCAUGGAACUGCAUGAUCGGAUGGGAGAUACUUAUGCUUGUAUGCUUUUCGGAAUGAGGGCAAUCCGUACGAGGGACCCACGGAAUAUCAAGGCCAUUCUAGCCACUCAAUUCGAAGGCAAGUGGUAUUUCCCGCUGAGUUUCUUGUGAUAUGAAACUAACAUAUUUUAAGAUUACGGUCUGGCACAGGAACGCAAGGCUCACCAUUCACUCCUGGGAAAUAUGGGCAUCUUUUCCGUAGAUGGAGUUAGUUGGUCUCACAGCCGUGCACUACUUCGGCCUUGCUUCGAUCGUGCCAACGUAUCUGACCUCGGCCAACUGGAGGGGUUCAUGCAGAUUUUCUUCUCGAGGAUAAAUGAGCUCCCCCGGGAACCGUUCACUCACGCCCGGGCCGUUGAGCUCCAAGAACUUUUCCAAUGCCUCACCAUGGACUCCUCGGCCAAUUUCCUCUUUGGGAACCCUAUCGGCGCCCUCGCCCCCAAGAAGUACGCACUCGGGAAUGGCGAGAUGACUUUCAACCAAGCUUUUGAUAUUGCUCAGUAUGGCCUCGCUAUGCGAGCGCCAUUGUCCAGCUUCUACUGGCUGUAUAACGGGCGGGAGUUUAGAGAGGCAUGUUCGACUGCACGUACACAGGUUGCUGUCUACGUUUCUCGUACCCUUAGGAAGCUCAACCUUGCAGAGAAGAAUCCAGAGAAGAAGGGUUUGGGUAAGAAGUACGUCUUUCUGGAGGAGCUCGCGGAGCGAACCCAGGAUCCACGGGUACUUCAAGAUCAAGUGUUGGGUGUUAUGUUGGCUGGGAGAGACACCACUGCCGCCCUUCUAUCCUGGACUUUCUUGUGCUUGGCAAGGAAUCCGGAGGUGUUCAGAAAAUUGCGUGCAGAGAUUUCGGCGGCUGUUGGCGUUGACGGGGAUGCUAGGUUGCCCACCCAGGAGGAAUUAAGGAGCAUGCAGUAUCUGAGAUGGAUCAUCCAGGAAGGUGAGUUUUUUGAGAACUUUCCCAUUUGGAUAACCGUACUAAUAGCUGAGGGUAGUUCUCAGACUCUAUCCUCCAGUCCCCAUCAAUGCCCGUCGUGCCUUACGUGCAACCACUCUCCCUUACGGUGGUGGGCCAGACGGAAACUCUCCCAUCUCCAUACGCAAAGGAGAACGCGUAGUCUACUCUGCCUUCUCACUUCACCGUCGUACCGAUGUAUAUGGUCCUGACGCUAAUGAGUUCCGUCCUGAACGUUGGGGAGAAGAGGCUCUACGAAGGAUCGGAUGGGGCUGGCUUCCGUUCAACGGUGGCCCCAGGAUCUGCUUAGGGCGUGAGUUUACCACUCUAUCCCCUCUCUUGGAGAUAGUGCUAACAGUGGAAACAGAGCAAAUGGCAUUAACCCAUGCUUCCUACGUUGUCACGAGGAUGAUGCAAGUCUACAAGGAAAUAACUCCCAAGGAUUUCACUCUUGCAGAUGAUGCAUACGACACUAAGCUCGUCAUGGCUUCCGGCCGUGGUGUACAUGUUUUCCUUUCCUAA